CGCGGAGCGAGCCUGGGUGCUGGCGCCGGGACCCCCUGGCCCGGGAUGUCAGCGCUGUGCGACCCCCCGGGGGCGGCGCCGCCAGGGCCGCCCCAGAACCCGGCCCACAGGGCCCACCCGCUGCUCAGUUCCCAGGAGCUGGCCCAGGAGAUCAAAGCCUUCCUGAGCGGUGUGGACCCUGUGCAUGGUAACAAAUUGACCAUCAAGGAACAUGCCCGCUGUGCCAUCCUGCUGCUGCGCAGCCUGCCCCCUGCGCGCAGUGCCGUGCUGGAGCAUCUGCGCAAUGUCUUCGAUGAGUAUGUCUGCACCUACCUGUUGGAGCUGGAGAGCAGUGAGGCGGGGCUGGGUGCCAGGCGGACUCAGGGGCCCAACCUGGAUGACGUUGUGCAGGAGAUCCAGAAUGUGCUGUCUGAGUUUGUCCGCAUGAACCCCAAGGCCUGGGCACCCGUGGUCUCAGCCUGGUCCAUAGACCUGAUGGGGCAGCUGAGCAGCAAGUACGCAGGGCGGCACGGUGUGCCCCAUGCCUCCAGCCUCAAUGAGCUGCUGCAGCUGUGGAUGUCGUGUAAGGCCACUCGGACGCUGAUGGACAUCUACACCCAGUGCCUGUCUUCCAUGAUCAGUACGUGCCCCGAUGCCUGUGUGGAUGCCCUGCUGGACACCUCAGUGCAGCAUUCUCCGCACUUCGACUGGGUGGUGGCUCACAUUGGCUCCUCUUUCCCCAACACCAUCAUCAGCCGUGUCCUCUCCUGCGGCCUCAAAGACUUCUGCGUCCACGGGGCAGCCCCUGUUGACCUGCUCUUCCCCACUGCUGCUGACAAGCGGGUGCCCAAGAUUGCCUCGGUGGUGGGCAUCCUGGGCCACCUGGCCUCACGCCACUCAGACAGCAUCAAGCAGGAGCUGCUGCGGAUGUUCCACGAGAGCCUGGGCCCUGUGCGUGACCAGCAGCAGAAAGCUACAGUGCCCUUCCUGCUGCAGCUGGCCGUCAUGUCGCCCAUGCUGUUGGGGACCAUCUCCUCUGAACUGGUGGACUCCCUCAAGCCGAGCGUGCUGAGCCAGCUGCACCAGCACUUCGCUGCACUGCCCCGCGAGGAUCUGGAGAACAUGGUGAGCAUAGUAGUGCAUCUCAUCUGCCAGACGUCAGCAGGGGCCUACCGUAUCCUGCAGUUCCUGGUCAACACGGCCAUGCCAGCCUCAGUCAUCACCACACCAGGGCUGGCUGUCCAUGACAGCGUGCGUGAGGCCUGUGACCGCAUCAUCCAGCUGUUGCUGCUCAACCUGCAGAAGCUGGUGUACAACCGGGGCUCGGCAAGCCUGGGAGAUGCCCCGCCCCGGGCUGUGCCCUUCCUGGAUGAGCUGAAGGGCCACGUGCGGGAGCUGUGUGUGGAGACGCUGCGGCUAGAGCGCAAGCGCUUCCUGUGGCAGCACCAGCUGCUGGGGCUCCUCUCAGUCUACUGCACCCCCAGCUGCGCCACAGAUGCCCUUUUCUACCUGCUUACGCUGGCCCGGAGCCAGGAGGAACUGGGCCUGGCCACGCAGCUCUACGCUGUGCUCAGCUCCUGCAUGAGUGACCUGCUGCCAGCCACUGUCAAGAAGUGCGUGUGCCAGAUCCACACAGGGGGGCUGUCGGAGCAGCACAUGGUGCAGCUGUUCCACAACCUGGCCCUGAUUGUGCAGUGGGAGGGAGAGGGCCCUGCCUCCAUGAGCACCCAGCUAGGGACUGUCCUCUCUCUGCACCUCAACGACCUCGGGCAGCUGCUGCUGCAUCGCAAUCCUGAAGUGGCUGAGGCUGCCUCCCUGCUGCUCUCCGUCUGUCCCUUGCCCCGGGCCAUCCGGCCGGCUCACUUGCUUGUCAUCAUCCGUUCAGCUGUGCACCAGUUCUUCCUAGUGCUGCACCGCCAGUGCCCCACGGGCAUCAGCUACAGCACCCGGCUGCUCUCCCGUCUUAGUGGGGCCUCUCCAGCUGCCAUGAAGGCCAUCCUGCAGCAGCUGGUGGAGGGAGCCCUGCACCCAGGGAAUGCUGAGCUCUUUGGAGGCCUGGCCAAGCCGCCUGCUGGGGAUGACACCAGCCUGGAAGGCACCAGGAUCUCCCUGUUGGACAUCAACCGGCGCUUCACGACUGCUGUCAAUUUCUCUGGCAGUGUGUGGUCAGUAUUUCAUGCUGGGGUGAUUGGGCGUGGGCUGAAGCCACCCCAGCCCACCCGGCAGCAGGAGCCUGAGGAGAUUGUGCACAAUGUCCAGAACUUCCUGAGCUUGCUGCUGCGCUGCUGCCGGGGUGGGCGCUACGGUGCACCUGAACCCCUGGCCCACACAGCGGCUGUCAACCCCGAGGCAGCCAAGGCAGUGGCUGUAGUGCUGGUGGAGAGCAUCUGCCCCGACGUCACCAACAGUGAGCUGGGCUGGCCGCCCGAGGAGCACACCCGCAGCACGGUGGAGCGCGACAUCCAGAUCUGCCGGCGUUUCCGUGACAACCCACUGCUCUUCCAGCUGCUGCGGCUGGUGGCAGCUGGCCCCCCAGCCCUGUGCUACUGCUCCGUGCUGUUGCGUGGCCUGCUAGCCACCCUCAUGGCCCACUGGGAGGCCUCACGUCACGGUGACACCACCAGCUCACCGUGGCACCUGCAUGCCUCCUGCGCCCUGGUGGCCUGCAUGGCCGAGGGCUCCCUGCUGCCGCCAGUGCUUGGCAACAUGCAUGAGAUCUUCCAUCAGCUGGCGCCCUUCGAGGUGCAUCUGCUGCUGCUGAGCGUCUGGGACUACAUGCGAGACAACAGCCCCCUGCCCCAGAAGUUCACCUUCCAGGCCGAUAAGGGGCUUUUCUUCCGUGACUUCUCCCGUGACUGUGAUGUUGGGAAGUAUCUCUGUGUGCUGCACAGUGUGCUGCACAAGCAUAUCGACCGCCUGGGGCUGCUGUCAGGGCGCUUCCAGACCUAGCACUGGCCCCCAUAUUAGGACAGUCCUGGACUUCUCCCACCUCCCAGAGCACAGCCACCUCUGCCAUCUCAGGACGGUCCCAGACUUAGCUCCUGCCCCACUCCUAAGACACUGCAGUGGCUGCUUGAGUGGGGGGGGAUGGGACAUUUGACUCUUUAAUUGGUGUAAAAAAAAAACCAACUGUAAUAUUCUCCUAGGGUUCGGUGAGGGGGUCACAGCACCUCCUACAUAGUCCCUGGAGCUGCAGGCAGGAGCUGGCGCAGCUGGCACUGGGGAAACUCCACCCCCUUGUCAGUUUCUCUCAGGGACUGGGAGCUUUAGUUUCUGGUUCCAAGGGGCUUGGUGGCCUAGGUUUGGGCUGCCCUGGAGUAGUGAAGGGCCCUGGGCCACCCAUAGUGAAGCACUGAGCAUGCUCAGCAGGUCCCAAGGCCCCAUCAGCUCACUGCAAGUGCUCCCAGGCUGCUGGGCUCUUGUCUCCCCACCCCCUGUGGGGGGGAUUACAGCAGGGCCACAAAGUCAUGUCUUUGCCCUGGGACCCAGCUAGAGAAACUGACAGGGGGUUGGAAGUGGGGGAUGCAGAUGUGUUGAGUAUUUCUGCUCCAGCCCACCUUCUCCCACACUCCCUGGUGCUGCUGAGCCAGGCCUGGGUGGAUUCUGUUCCUGCUCUGUUUUUAGAGCUGCUAUGGAUAAGGGGGUCUCAACAGAGGGUAGACACUUAAGGGUCAAAACCAGCCUCCACCUCCAUCUACCACUGUUGGAUGGGCUCUGCUGUGGAUAGCAGGGGCUGUGUGUUGGGGCAGCCUGGCUCAAUCAUCCUCCAAGAACCAUUUCUCUAUUGUCAUGGCCGCCAACCACAUCCUGCUUUGGGGUCAAUGGAACAGGAAUUGUCUGAAGACUCCAGCUCUUCAGGGGGACAAAGGGGUGCCACAUCCCACACAGCUCAAUCUGCUGUCACCUUUGCCAAUUCCUUCUCCUUUUCAAAAUAAAGACUGAGAAGGGACUGUUGCCCCUGCAGUUGGUGUUGGGGGGCGGGAGGGUAAGGCCCCAGGACCUGCAGCUUAGGGGUUGAGGAAGUUAUAGCAGAGGAGUGGAUGCAUGUUGAGGGCCCCUGUGUUUGAGAGAGGCGUGCACAUGGACUG